AUGGUCGUCGCCACAAAUACAAAUCCCCGCACUACUCUCCACCCAGCCAUGAUCCGACAACCACCCGCUGCCUACAACGCCAAAGGCCAAGGAUUCGAAAUGCGAGAACCCACCAAACACGCCAACAUGUCCAUGUCACCCACCCCCACCGGCACCCUGUCCCGCACCAGCAGCACCGAUUCCCACGCCUCCGGCAGCGCACACGCUGCAGGAAGUGUUCCCGUGCACCAGCGCGGCGGAGGGGGAAAUGGAGGAUUGUGUUGUGGAAUCUGUGCCGGGUUGGCCUGUUUUGAAUGUUUGGAGUGUUGUUGCUAG